AUGAUAACCAAAAUGGAUGCUUUUGAGAUUCAUCAACCGAGAGAGAUCAUGACUGCUCCUCUGCACAACUCCUUUAAUCCCAGGAGUGAAGAGUAUGUCGUGGCAGGGAAGUUUCCACGGCAGAGGUCAGUCUUUGAUUUGGACAAAGAAGGUCUAGCCCCUCUGCAUGCAGCUGCAGGAGCCGGCCAAGUAGAUACCGUGAGGGCAAUUUUGGGACUCGACAAGAAGCUUUGCCGGCUUAAAAGUAGAGAUGGAAAGACUCCACUUCAUGUAGCAGCGAUGAGAGGCAAAACCGAUGUGAUCAGAGAGAUUGUGUCCAGCUGUAUUGAUUGCUUAGAAGAUGAGACGGUUCAAGGUCAAACUGCUUUGCAUCUUGCUGUAAUGCACCAAGAGAUUGGAGCUGUGGUAGCCAUUGUUGAGUUGAUCACAGAGACGAAUCGAGAAGUGUUGUACAAGAAAGAUGAACAGGGUAACACUGCUCUUCAUCUAGCAACCUGGAGAAAAAAUCGACAGGUGAUUGAAGUGUUGGUUGAGGCAAUACCAGAAGACUCAAGAACAUUUGAGGUAAAUGCUAUGAACAAGAUGUGUCUCUCUGCACUAGAUUUGCUUGUUAUGUUUCCAAGCGAAGCUGGUGAUAGAGAAAUCUACGAGAAACUUAUAAAAGCUGGAGCUCAAAGAGGUCAAGACAUUGGUGGAACUACCACCAAUCUCCAAAGAACCACUUCUACUAAUUCCACAAGCCAAGAGAGGUCAUCAGAGUCACAUAGCCAUAAAGAUCUUGUCAAAUACUUCACAUUCAAAAAACACAGAGACUCACCAUCAGAGGCACGUAGCGCAUUACUAGUAGUGGCUUCACUCGUGGCCACAGCCACUUUCCAGGCCAGCCUGACUCCACCAGGUGGAACCUGGCAAGAUACCUACAUACCUGCGAGCGUGAACACACCAAACCAACCACCUCAUAUAGCAGGACAGUCUAUCAUGGGGACAUUUAACGGAAUAGCUUUCACUUUGUUUGUCUUCUUUAACACGAUUGGGUUCUCAGUUUCGCUCUCUAUGCUUAAUAUUCUCACACUAGGGUUCCCGUUGCGGUUCCAGCUUCAGAUUUGUAUGAUGGCUAUGUACUUUUCUCACAACACGGCCAUGACUAGUAUUGCACCUGAUCAUGUGAAGCUUUACUGUAUUCUCAUCACGUCUAUUCUUGCUGCUACCACUCCAGCUUUGAUGAGGUUGCUUGAGAAGCCUAUUGAGUGUAUAUGUUUAUCAUUAAUUGGUAACGAGGAGUAUUGUUUUCAUAGGAGUUUAAGUCAAACCAUGAGGUAUGAUGUUAUGCUUAUGGUUUUUUGUGUUCUCGCAUGUCUCGUUCUAAAUAAACCAAUUACAAGUCCAAAAAUAGCAAGUACUUUUAAGUUUGCAGUGGAAGCCAUAAAAAAUUUUGGAUGCGAUGUCGGAGACCAUUUUCCUGGAAAAUGCGGAACUAAUGUAAAGACUACAUGUGCAAACGAAUUUUAAAAAAAUCCAACAUUUUCCAAAAAUAUUGAAAUACUCUGUGACUGUACUGAUCGUAACAUCCAUGGUUCACCUCCCAGGCGUGUAUGUUCUUGUCAAUUGGAUUACAAAAUCUCUAUGACCAGAAUUUCUUUCUAAUAACUAUAUUUAUGUAGCUAAUAAUA